CUCCUGCCAAUGGCACGGAUCCAGCCUGUAAGUGUCUCCGGCGCCCCAGCGCUCGUGCGCUCGGGUUUUGCGCGGGUGAUUCUGCCGUUCUGAGGCUUUGGGGUUGCAUGCUCGAAUUGGCGGGUGCGGCUCGAAUUGGGUUGUUCGAUGGUGACUGGCGUGGGCGUGGUUCGUGGCUGCAGUUUGGGACGCUUCGAGGGUGUUUUUGCUUGGGUUUUUGCCGGUUUGGGGGAAUCCAAGUGGAUGCGCGAACGGCAAACCCAGUGGCUUCACGCGUGCUCUGCUUUUGGUGCGGGAGGCGAGCAGGGCAGGGUGGUGGUUGCUGAAUUGCUCUGCUGUCUGCUCAGUGAUCACCUUGCAGUGUCCAGCAGUUCACUGCCGUUGGUAACUCGGGCACAUUUUUACCGCAACUGGCUGGCUGUUGGUGUGGCUGAGCGCAGAGGGGAAUGGAAUAGUUGCCAAUCGUACUGCCCUUCCCGUCCUGCUACUGUCGCUGUUGGCUAUUACCACUUCGCAUCCUUCACCAGAGCUCGUCUGCUUUUCGUUAUUACUACUUUAUUACUGGGUAGUAACUGAAUUGGUGUUUGAUAACCAAAAGGUGGAUGCUACCGGCUAAUAAAUUUGAGAACAGUGACGCGUUUGAAAUUUCGACCAACUAGAGUUGUACGUCCCUUAAUGUAUUCAGCAUCGGGCUGUACAUUUUGGGUGUUUUGCUGAAGAGUGUAGCAUAGAUGAGGUUCUGGAUGAAAGAAUGGAUCCAUUUCUUGGUAGAUUGACUAGACCAACCACCAUCGACCAAUCAUGGUGUACUGCUCAGAGUGGCAUGUCCUUGUUCAAUGGGCCUUUCCCUGACUCUAGGAUUUCUUCUUCAGAGCUUCACAACAGUUUUAUCGAGUUCGAGGACGCAACUGAACCAUCUGAUGUUUCAAACAGCUUUGAACCAUUUGCGUCUGUAGUGGCAAGGUUGCGUCAACACCUUCUGGAUGCAAAUGUUGAAGUUACUUAUACAGAGUACUUAGAUUUGAUGAAAGUAGAAGUUGAUCAGCGGCUUAAUAAGCUCACUGAGGAUAUAAGGGUCUUCAAAAGCUAUAGCUUGACCCAUAAAUAUGAUGCAAAUGGUUCAUGCUCUACAGCUUGCCAUGUUGGUAAGCUAACUGAGAUAGAUGAGGGGUUCAACAGCUUGAAGGUGCUGCUGGUUUUGGUGUUCCAACAAAUUAGAGAGAUGCUCACAUUAGUCAAUGCUUCAAUUCGUGAUCUUCAGUGGGAACAUGAAUUACAGUUAGAGGUUACUGGAAUUAUUAUUGGAGACUGCAUUAGAGGUCUUCAGGACGAGCUAGAGAGGAAGUUGUAUGAGCAAAGUUCCAUAGUGAGGAGUCUAAGGAAAAACUGGCAGGAAACUGUGGCUCAGUGUGCUUCCAUCCGUGAAGACCUGAUUGUUAUUUCUGAUAUACUAUUACCUUCAGAAGAGGAACCCCAAAUUCCCCUUUGUAGGCAUGAAAGUUUGGGUAGCUGGAGCGACAAAUGGAAAUUAAGCUUUUUCAGAAAGAGAACACAUCAGGAUCACUCUCUAUCUUCCUCAGAGCAAAACCAGAAUUCUGCGACACAGAAAUCUAUAAGUCCCAGUGAAGUUAUUUCAGAAAAAUCUGAUUUCCGGCAUCUGAAGGGUAUGAAUAGACAAGCAAUGAUUAACUACUUCAGAUCUGAGAUCAGCAAAUUAAAAAGGCUGCAUGAGUUGGAUCUGCAAGAGAAAACAGAAGAGCUGUUCAAAUUCAAACGAGAGAAAUGGUCGUUGGCUCUUAAGUAUGAUGUCGAGUUCGAGCCUCUAAGGAAGAAACUCCCUGAGGUCAUUUCAAGAUUUGACCAAAUCAUGUCCAAUGGAGUGGCAGCACCUGCAACCUGCAGUACUAGUGAUGCACUUGAUGAAAGAAGCAGAUUGAAUAGUAGAAUUGAUUCACUAUACCGUGACAACCAGCAUCUUCGGUGUUUGCUUGCCGAGAAGACGAAGAAUGCUCAGGAAUUAUCACGCCAGAUAUCUGAUGCCAGCAGGAAAAUGUCACUUCAAUAUUCUCUAGAAAAACAACAUUUGAGGCAAAUCAACAACAGCGAAGAAGAGUAUGAGGAUCUUUAUGUCGAAAGCACUAUCAGAGAUGAAAUUUACCAAACUGUUAUAAGAAAAUUGGUUGAUAAUCAUAGGAACAUCUUGGAGGAUACUACCCGAAAAUUUCAUGUAAAACUGUCCUCAUAUGAAGCUGCACUCUCAGAAAAGGACAAGGCGUUGUGUUUAUCUAAUGAAGAAAAUCAAAAGCUAAAGGAAAAGCUGUCAACACUAGAAAAGGAGCAUUUUAUCCAGAAGCAAGAUCCAAAUCUAAACAAGGAAGAGAGUGAGGAAAUGAUACUUCGUGAUAUUGAGAUGGAGCCUCAUGUGGCACCACGAAGACCAUAUGAGAUUUCUGAUCAGGAUAUGCCAUAUGAGGAGCUCAUCAAGCUGAAUCAGACUUUAGAGGUUGCCUCAACCACCUUAAAAGAAGUUGAAACAAAAACGUUAGAUUACAGUGAUAUCCUAGGUAAAAGAGAGCAAGAAGAGCAGCUAGAUUGCAUUCUGGUAUCAAUCAUGGAUCUAUCAAAAGAAUUUGUGGAGAUUGAACAUAAAAUGUCAGAAGAUAUAAAAGGAAAUGAGAAAAAGACAGAAAUCCUUAAUGAUAGAUGCAACCAUAUGGUACAACAAGCCAUUGUACUGACAAAGAAAGGUCUAUGGUACAAGCAAAUGAUUGACACAAGACGUUCUGAGCUUCAAAAGGCAGAAUCUGAGGUAGAUAUUUUGGGAAACAAGGUCAAUGCACUCUUAAGCCUUGUUCAAAAGAUAUAUGUAACUCUCGAGCACUACUCUUCUGUUUUCCAGCAUCAUCCUGUGCUACUGGAUGCUUUCUUGAAGACAUGCAAGCUUGUUGCAGGUAUAAGAAGCAGGCAAAAAGAGGAAUUGCAAGAUACAAUAUAACUUGGAGAAGCUAGAAAAUUUAGGCCCAGAAUUAGUUGAGAGUGGCUUAAGAACCACUAGAGAGGUAUUAAUUUCCUAAUGGAGGAACAGCAUACUGUCACAAGACUACGAAAUUGAUCCAUCGCCAAAUGGACCCUGCAAAUCUGCAGCCACAAUGAAGUUAAGGUGGUCAGUUGCACUGAAUUUUGAAACCUAAGGGUAUGAAUGUCAAGGCAAUUGCACUGCAAUAUAUUUCUAAAUUGUAGUAAUGUGUUUGUCUAAACAUCAUUUGGUAAUGGAUGCAGCUGUACCUUCACUGCUCUCUCCGCUGAGGAUUUGUUAGAUUCAUGUCCUAUAUGGUGUAUAUAGAAGUGAAUACACCUUCUAAUGUACGAAUUAUGAUAGUUCAGUUCAUAAACUUCAAGAGUGAUACCAUUUUGUCAGCAGCAUGUAUAGAAAUGAUUUCGCUCUUAUACAAGCUAUAGUUGUAUUGUAAGCAUUCACUACUUCAAGGUACCUUUACUAGAUUAUAGUUAUUUUUUCUCAUUAUAAAUUUUAUAGUCCUGAUUUGUACUAAUGGUCUUAUGAACGUCUAUAUGAUAUUCUUAUGUACUACAUUUGUUCAUUUAUGUACUACAUUUGUUCACUUUUCAAGGAAGCAAAUACUUUUCCAGGGCAAUAAAUUUUUAUUUUGGAUACAGAGUUAUCUCAACUGGCCUCAUCCAAAAUUAUGACAUAAAUUACAUUUAUUUCUCAAAAAUUAUUGAAAUUCCAUGGUGAUUGAGUAAGUGAGUAUCUGAGUGAUGUAUUCAUGGCUGACUGCUAUAGCUACUAUGUUCAUUGCUUGGUUGUUUGCAUGAGCAGCAGAUGACUGAAAUUGUGGUAAGUGCAGUUGCUUUGCUUAUCGCUAUCUUCUAGAGCAUCAUAUUUCUGGGCAUGCUUGCUAUCACAGUUUCCAAAUUUUACUGGAGCAAAGUCUCCCAUAAGCACAUAAUGUUCUUUCUGUCACUCCUAAUAUGUCAAAGAAACUCCCAUUAAACCAGAUUUCGUGGUAAAAUUUUCUUAUCUUGACAAGGUUACAACCUUUUCAUGCAAUCUGUUACAGCAAAUGGAAAAUGCUAGGUGAAGGUUUGACGCUAACAUAAUAUACAAUAAUGUGUAGAAAGUUUCAUUAUUGAACAUUUCUAAUAUCGCCAUCUAAUUCGCUUGCUAUAGCAUUCCAUGCUAAUAAUGCUGCACCAACUGCUGGCUCCACCUGCAGGUACAAUCAGAUAUGAGUUCAUGGAUAUUGACUUACGAAAUUUCAUAGUAGGGUCUGAAGAUGUGUCAGUUUGUAAACUGUGUUUAUUAGGUACUUUUCAAGCAUAUAGCCAUAUACACAGCACAAAUUUUGCUUCCCCGUGUCAAUAAAAUCUUCUCCUACAUAUUUGGUAUUUGUUUCCAGUGUUCAGCUACUUAUUUUUUGAAGAUUGCAUAAUCUGAAGAAUGUUUCUUAGAUUCAAUGCUCACCUUAGGGUGUAUUGGAUAAGCACCUGGGUAAUGUUUUGUAACACAAUCUAUCACUUCUUUUCCAAUGUCCCACCUCUUGUUUGCCUCAAGGACUUUGCCAACCAUAACAAGUGGAAAUGGAUGUUUGCCAUCUGCGAAGGUGAAACAUAUUAAGAAAUUUCUUCUAUGAAGUAGUCUCAUAAAUGGAUAAAUGCAACUUCGAGGGUUACUCUUGUUUAGUUUCAUGUGACCAAUGCUUUCUUUCCCAAAAGUCUUCUUUUUAUGCUUUAGAAAACUCUAAGCAUUCUUUUUGUACAUGCUUUAGAAAACUCUAAGCAUUCUUUUUAUACAUGUAUCCAGGAAGAUAAUCAGAGUAUUAUAGGGUUACCUUCACCACCAAGUUCAAGCCUUUGCACUACAGCUUUGACACUGGAAGCUAGUUCACCAACUGAAUUGUGUAGGAUCUUGUUUGCCACCUCAUCACCACUCUCAGCAGAUUCUACCACAACUGGAAGAAGGUCAGCAAUCCGAGCCCACGAUUGGUCUUCAUAUGUCCAUCUGUCAUUGGAAGAAUGAACAGGUAAGUAGAAGCUGCCAUUUAUGCUUAAUUGGCAACACAGACACUAUUGUAACUUGACAAGUUCUUGUUGACUUGACCAAACCUAAGCCACUGAAUCACCUCACUUGUUUAUGAAUAUACUUCUUUACGUAAAGUAGGACCAGUAAGUAGUCAAAAUAAAUUAACCUAUUAAUUCAUCUUUUGAAAAUACCCCAUAGGUAGAUGAUGUAAUUCAGGCAGUGUUUAAGUUGACCCAUUUCAAUUUACUGAACAAACUAUGCUAGUGAAGUAUGCACUUUCCACAUGAAGUGAAACUAAUAAAUCAUAAACUACUGAGCCGAAUUGGAUUACCCUAUCAAUUCGUCUGGUGAUG